AUGAAUUACGGAUAUGCUAAAGUUUCAUCAAAUACAAUUGAUGUUUUAAAUGAAACAUUUUCUCUUAAAAAAUAUAAGAGAGAAAAAGAGUAUAAGCAAAAAGAUGAAUCAUUCAAUUAUGAUAAUUAAUUGUGGGAUACUUUGAGUAAUAGGAUCAGGUUAUAAUUUUAAAAGAAUUGUGUGAAUUAUGAAAAGACUCUCCUCAUAAAACUGAAUAAAUUGGACUCUCUUUUGUUAAAGUGA